AUGCAGCAUGUACCGUACGUGAAUUUAAUGCCAGAAACAUUCGAUACCCCAUUACAUUAUACAGAGGCCGAGCUGCAGCUUUUGCAAGACACGUCGCUGUAUCACAAUACCAUGCAGCGCCUUGAGCGCACGGCGGAAAACGCGGAACGUGGGUGGGCAUGGCUCCACAGUGCAUGCAGAGAUGCACACGAUCCUAUAUUUGCACACGUCUUGUCGCCAAUCGACAAGCACCGCUGGCUAUCGCUUUGGCGGUGGGCCGAUGACGUGUACGGUAGCCGCAGUUUUCCUGCGCACCUGGCUGGAUGGGAAGGCAUGCAAGGACAAGAGCCAGUCCUGAUUCCUGGCCUCGACUCUUUCAAUCAUGGCCGAGGCGUGCCUGUAACGUGGGAAAAGAAUGAUGGCAUAACAUUGCUACUUCGGAGCAGCAUACCAGCGAAUGCUCAGGUGCUCAACAACUAUGGCGCAAAGAGUAACGAGGAGCUCCUCGCUGCAUACGGCUUCGUCCAGGCAGACGGGCCAGAUGAUGUGCUUGUCCUGGCGUUGCGUGCCCAGGAAAAAGCGCAAAGUGCCAUGUUUUAUUGGAAACGUUCAGAUGACAGCCCACCGCAAGCAUUGCUGGAUGCCUUGCGGCGACAGAUGGGAUUCGCACCGAACGAGGCUCAAGCGACUUGCGAUGCCAACAUCGCGUCUCUGUUGCAGGAAGCGCAGGUGGUAGAGGCACUGGAACGCUUUCUCCAGCAGCGUAGCAAGGCAUUCCAGCACUCGCAUGCAGAAGCAGAGGAUGCUGUACCAUGGUCAAAAGAUGGGGACAGCGUGCGUGAGCGAGUAUUGUCGUCCAUUUUGGAAUAUCGUCGAGGACAAGCGAGAUUGUUAGACCAGGCGCUAGAUUGGACAGAAGCCAAGCUGGAUGCAAUCCUUGCCGCACUGGACAAAAAAGGCUACACCAUCGGAGGAUAG